AUGUCGCCAGUCAAGCCUUUCAGGGUUGAUAUUCCCCAGGAGCGCCUCGAUCGCCUCAAGCAGAAGCUCGCUACCACGGACUUCCCCACCGAUAUAGAGGGGUCCGGCUGGGAGUAUGGCGCCCCUCUUGCUGACGUGAAGCGCUUGGCGACGUACUGGCAGAACGAGUUCGACUGGCGCAAGGCCGAGGCCGAAUUGAACAAGAUGCCUCAGUUCACCACCAGGAUCGAGCUCCAAGGUUUUGACCCGAUUGACCUGCACUUCGUCCACGCCAAGAGCCCAAACCCGGGCGCCAUCCCGCUGCUGUUCUGCCACGGAUGGCCCGGAAGCUACGACGAGAUUGAGAAGAUGCUCCCGCUGCUGCUGGACGGCGGCAAGGACCAUCCAUCCUUUGAUGUGGUAGCCCCGUCCAUGCCCAACUAUGGCUUCUCGUCCCGGGUCAGACAGCCUGGCUUUGGCACCCGCGCAACGGCGGAAGUCUUCCAGAAGCUCAUGGUCAACGUGCUAGGCUACCACGAGUAUGUGACACAGGGAGGCGAUGUCGGGUACGCCGUGACGAGAUACCUGGGCUUUCUGUACCCCCAGAACUGCAAGGCCAGCCACUACAACUUUCCCUUUCCAAAGGAGCCCGCCGACGACCACUUUCCGGAGCUGGCCAAGAUCUACCGCGAGACGGAGAGGACGGAAGCGGAGAAGGAGGGCUUCGAACGUUCCAGAUGGUUCCGGGAGGAAGGUAGAGGGUACUACGGCGAGCAUUCGACCAAGCCGCAGACGCUUGGUUACAGCCUGACCGACUCGCCUGUUGGACUCCUAGCUUGGAUCUAUGAGAAGCUGCACGACUGGACCGACGACUAUCCCUGGACCGAGUACGAGGUCUGCAAGUGGAUAAGCAUCUACUGGUUCAGCACGCCUGGGCCCUUGCCGUCGCUCUGGGUAUACUACGACAGCGUGCACACUUCAGAUAAGACUAGACAGGAGAUCGGAUCCAUGUACUUGAAGGACGUCAAGAUUGGCUGCACCAAGUUUCCGAAAGAGCUGAUCGUCCUGCCUGCCUUGUGGAACAAGACUCUGGGCGAUCUAGUCUUGAACAAGGAAUACGACAGUGGUGGUCACUUUGCAGCUUUUGAGCGCCCUAAGGAGCUUGCCAGCGACAUCAGGGAGAUGUUCGGCAGGGAUGGUGGAGCUCAUGGUGUCGUGAAGGGCAGGUCAGGAUUUGCCUAG